CUUUAAUUGAUUUUAAUUAAUGAUAUCUGAUAUAUUGAAACGUUUUGAAUAGUUUGAUAAUGGGCAAUGUUAAGAGAAGAAAGUGACGCCUUUCAUUUCAUUCGUUACAUUUAUGUAGACAGGUGGGGGAUUCAGCUUCAAACUAACUUACCAGUGCAGUGCAGCGGUGAGCGGGCCGGGUCAAUUGUAACGGGGAACUUCAGGCGACAGUUACGUCAGAAUUUGCCAAGUCUAGUCAUGGCGGCUACAUCUCCAUCCGAGGAAAUUGACGAUGUGAAGUUAUCUCAUGAAGGCAUCAACCUCUUGCUCAACAAUGGCUUCAAAGAAGCAAUGGAAAUCUUCACAAAAUACAGACGUUACAGCCCUUUGAUGAGUGCAGGGUCCAGCUUUGUCAGUUUUAUGAAUGCGCUGAUGACGUAUGAAGAAGACAAGCUGGACGCGGCCAUGGAAGACAUCAAGGAGACAGACAAACUCUGUAAUUCCUACCAAGAUGGCUUCAUGAAGUCCCUCAAGCACAAGCUCCUGAAGAAGGACUCGUCGGAGUCUAAGCUCAGCGUCGAGGAACGACUCCAGAGGAGGAUCCUCUCAGCAGACUGUCAGCUCUACUUGGCCAUGCUCAUCUUCUCUAGGAAUGAAGUUACAGGCUUCAUCAAGGGUGGAUGGUUAAUCCGUAAGGGCUACAAACUCUAUGAGAAAGUCUAUCGGGACAUUGGUAAAGUCUAUGAAGCCCGCGGUGAAAAGAUGGAAGAAACACCCGAAAUGCUUGUGGAAGAUGCCUCAGCAGCCCUCGAGGUGGAACCCGAAUCGAACUCCAAGCCAGCCGACAGUGCCUCUAACCACUCCAACAACGAGGUCGCGACCCUUGACCUGGAGGAUGAUGCCUCGUUGAGUCAGAAGGACCUUGUGGCCGUGGAGGAAGAUGCCUUGGCCAGGUUGAAAGGGGGUGUGUCCUUUGGGUAUGGACUCCUGCAGCUUGUCAUAUCCAUGAUGCCUCCAAACCUGCUGACGGUUGUCAAUCUCCUGGGCUUCCACGGUAACAAAGAGUUUGGUCUGAAGUGCCUGGAUACAGCUAGUCACAGUACUGAUAUGAAGGCACCCCUUGCCAUGUUAACUCUACUAUGGUACCAUACAGUUGUCCGUCCGUUCUUUGGCAUAGACAGUAAAAACAAGGCAUCGUGUAUCCAGGCGGCUCAUAAGAUACUGGGAGAGAGAAAGGCAGCGUAUCCUAACUCGGCACUGGUCAUGUUCUACGAGGGAAGGGUGCAAAAACUUGAGGGUGACUUGGAUGGUGCCUUAAAGACGUACGAGGCUGCGUUGGAAGCCUGCUCUGAACAGAGAGAGAUCCAACUGAUAUGCCUCUAUGAGCUGGGAUGGUGCAAUCUCAUGAGACUCAACUGGGAGGAGAGUCUGCUAGCAUUCGCCAGGUUAAAAGAAGAGUCCAGAUGGGCGCAGAGCUACUAUACAUACCUGACCGCAAUUUGUCAGGGGGCACUCGGUCAAGUCGAGACAGCCCAAGAACUCUUCAGAGAAGUUCCAGGCCUUACGAAAAAGAAGAACAGCCAGCUGGAGUCCUUCGUUCUUCGCAAGUCCAACAAGUUCAAGAAGAAACUUCCAACCCAGGCUCAGGCGAAGCUCAUGGCCAUUGAAGUGCUUUAUCUAUGGAAGGCAAUGCCUGAUUGUAAAGAAGAAGCAUUGAGGCGCAUGCUCAAAGAGUGCGAUGCGGCCGACAGCGACAAAUCACAUAAAAGCUUGAUAUCACUACUAAAAGGUGCCAUACACCGUUGCCUUGGUAACAUAGAGAUUGCCAUGCAGUGUUUUGAGGAUUGUAUGUCAAGGUCGUCUGCCAAGGAGCCUGAAGCCCAUGCAGCUCCAUAUGCCUGCUUUGAGCUGGGUGCUAUGUUGGCUGGAGGGCAAGCGACUGCAAGCAAAGGAAAGAGCCUCAUUCUCAAAGCAAAGGAUGGCUACAAAGACUAUGACUUUGAGCAGAGGUUGAGCGUGAGGAUACAUGCCGCCUUGCAGCAACUUAAAGGAGUAGAAUAAUACAUGAACAACACCAGUACCCAGUAUGAGGAUAGCAAACUUCAAAGUACGAGCAUCGAAAACCUUCAACGAAAUAUGAUUCCUGUAAGUGGGUGGUUAUUGAAGUUUUUAAUCAAGAACAAAAAAUUAUGUGAUAGCAAACCUUUUAUUCCUGUAAGUGCAUGGGUACCGGUAUUCAUUGAAGUUUUUGUUAAUCAAGAAAAAAACAUUAAUGCCGAGAAUUAAUCUAGCUAUUGUAAUCAUAUUUGGAUGUUGUUAUUCAGUGUGUUUCUACAGGAGACCUCGAAAAAUAAUGGUAGUGUCAAUUAUACCAGGAGCGGUAACU